AGUAGCGAUAUGUUUUUUGACAGCACGGCAACGCUAAUUGUUGCACAUUUGGAAAUUAUAAAUAAAAAUUCACACUGGAACCAAAUAAAAUAAUAUUACUUCAAGUUAUUUACAAUUAUGAGUAUAAUUGAUUUUGAAAUCGAAGAAAUACGUAAACUGUGCGAGAACACUGUACCAAAUUCUAAAAUCAUAGCCUGUACUUGUGGCGAAUCACCACUUGUGCGCGUAGACAUUGCAGAGCAUGAGUCGUAUCGCCAGCUCACAGUUUGCUUGCGUUUUCCAGCCAAUUAUCCAAAGGAACCGAUACUUGUUGAAUUAAAAAGUCGCACAUUAUCAAGUCGGUUCCUAGACGGUCUUGCAACGCUUAGUGAAAAAUAUGCACGACAACAUUUGGGUAAACCACAAGGACUGCACGUACUAAAAUUUGUGCAACAAUAUCUUACUGAAAAUCCGCUAUGUGUUUGUUUUGAUGAGAUACAAGAUCUACGACGUGAUUUGGGUGCUGACGCUACACCAGAUCAGUUGAAGUUGAAACAACGACAUUCGAUUGUACAACUAACUGCUAAAGGUGGAGAGUACUACUACAAAGUGAGUGCGCUCAUACCAAAAGAUUAUCCGAAGCAGUGUGCACAAUUUCAGCAUCAAGAAACUAAUCUGCCAGCAAUUUUGCUACGUUAUCUGAACGGACAAUCGCGUGAAAUUGCUAGACAAUGUGUAGAACCACCACUACGUUUGAAUGCGAAGGAACAAAUGAGCUUUCAACCAGCACCCAGUUUAUAUCGUGCGCUCAAGUUUUGCCUAGCCGCUACCGCUGACUUUUAUAGAGAGCUAUGUCCAAUUUGUGAUAAAGCUGUGUUACCAAAGCAACCUACGCAGCUAGAGUUGGAUGACAGCAAGGAUGCAUAUGUAGAACGUGUUUAUUGUGGACAUCUCUUCCACCAAGGUUGUCUAAAGCAUUAUCUACAACAACCGCCUUUUCCCAAAGGUGGUAAAUUGUGUCCAGCUAAGCGAAGGCAUCCACGUUCUGAUGCAAAAUACUAUAUGGGAGGCGCCAGCAAUAAUGCGAAGCAACCGAUUGUAAACGCAGACAACGGUGGUACUUGCGGUAUACGGUUAGCACACGAUCGUUGGGUUGUCAACGUGAAAUUGGCUGAAUCGCGUUGGGCGCAAAAGCAAGCGCGAGAACGCGAAUUGCAAGAAGUGGUAGAUUUUCUGAAAUGAUGGGUAUUCUAGUGCCUUACGCAAGUGCAUACUCAAAUAAUAUAAUUUUAUAUAUGGUUUAUUAAUUGUUAGCAAGUUUAGAAACAUUUAAAUUAUAAAUAGAAUAUGUUAAAUAAUAAAUUAACAAUUUGUAUAUUAUAAUCUAUAUGUACGUCCAGUACACUAAUAAAUCGGAAAUUAAUGGCUGUAAAAAAA